AUGGAACAUAAAUUAUUUAGUAAGAUAUUCUCAAAUAAGGUGUUGGCUAGACAAAUUUUUGAUAGUGUAUAUUGGAUUCACAGAAAUAUUGGUAAAUACUUGAUUGUUUGUAGAUGGAAAGAAUUGAAUUCCAACGUCAAGUUGAUGAUCCAAUAUGGUUUUCUAGAUCAGCUUAAAGAUUAUUUAGAAAAUGUACCACCCUAUCUUAUUAGAAAUUCAAUUUACCAUGCCAUCAAAGAGUCAUUGUUGAAUAGCUGCUAUCCAAUGCUAAGUUAUAUUAUUAAAGAUUUGAACGUGAAUCCCUACGAUUAUGUCAGUAGAUCGAAUGUCUUGCUCGAUUUGUCGUUGGGCGGCAGUCUAGAGUGUUUACAUCUGUUGGAGGAGACACAUUCAUUUGCAAACGAAAAUUUCUAUCACUACCGAGAGAGUAUCGACCAGUGCUCGUUUAAAGGUAAUUUGGAUAUUAUGAAAUGGAUAGCAACAAGAGCCGAGAAACACUUUUGGUCAACCGGUUUGGACAGAUACUUGAGCAACGCAGUCAUUGGUAACCAUUUCGAGGUAUUGAAAUGGUUGUUUACCAAUUUCGGACGGGUUGGAGCACAUCCUGGAGUCAAGAUAAGCUCACUUUUUGUUUACAAUCGUCUGGAGAUGUUGGAGUGGAUGAUCGCCAACCGCUAUAUUGAGGAACUUAGAGUCAGGUUGACACCAAUGAUAUCCGAUCGCACAAUGGAGCACAUUGAAUGGUGCCUAAAUAAUAAUUUCCAAAUAGUUCUAGAGUAUUCGGCAAUUGUUCAUGCAGCCAGCUUGGGUAAUUUGCCACUAGUCAAAUGGAUUGAUGAGAAUGUUGCUAAAGAAGACUAUUAUGUUGAUCAGGCAAUGGAAGCUGCAGCCAAGAAUGGACGUCUUCAAGUUUUGCAGUGGUUCUACUCCAGGUAUACCGAAUUAUCUCCAAAUCCACAUGUCAUGAAUGUCGCUGCUGCAAACGGAAAACUGGAGAUUGUAAAGUGGUUGCAUGAGAAUAGUAAUCAUGGUUGUACAAAAAUAGCAAUGAACAAGUCCAAGUGUUUGGAAACUCUUAGAUGGUUACAUGAGAAUCGUACAGAAGGAUUUACCAGAGAGGCAAUCGAUGAAUGUAAAUAUAAAUCAGUUGAAGUGAUUCAAUUCCUCUUGGACAACAAAACGGAGGAUUUCACAGAGGUUGCUGUCACCAAUGCCCUGACAAACCGACAGUUUGAAGUAUUCAAAGUUCUGACACAACACGCCAUAAGUUGGGGAAUGGAAAUCGAUCUGAAUAUCACCGCUCUACAAUUCGAUACUCUAUGUGCUCACGGUCAGCUGGAUUUCAUUCAAUAUCUAUACGAGUGUAAAGAGGUAUUUGGUGUGAUGGUGACAAAGAAUUCCAUUGAUAGGGCUGUUCAGAACGAUCAAUUCGAGGUACUCAAAUACCUAGAUUUUAUUGAGAACGAAGGUUGUACAAAUAGUGCAUUGUCCUAUUCAAUCUUGGGUAACAAAGUGGAGAUAUUCAAAUUUUUGACAGGGAAAAACUAUGUGCAAUGGACCAACAGACACUUUGUGGAUGCAAUCUCUUAUUCAAGCUAUGAUUUGGCAGAUGUAAUGAUUGCUAAUCUAUGCCCGGAUUUCGAUAGUGAAAAGGUGAUGGAAAUUGCAAAGAACUAUUCACAGUUGGUAGCUAGAAAUGUUAAACUUUAUCUAGACCAUAAAAAUUUGAUUUGA